AACUAUGGAAAUAUCAUGGAAAUAUGUGCAUGAUCGUCAUAUGAUUUUCUUUUUUUUUUAUUUAUUAGGAAUAUCUGACAAACUAAUAGUAUUUCACCGUCCUAUGUCCAUGUGAAAUGGAUUUUGAAAUUUUUUUAACUGUGUUUCUCCUAUAUGUCUGCAAAUGCUCAUUAUCAUUGCCAACUUACAGCGAUCCUGUAUUUACACAGCCGGAACAAGUUCACAUAUCGGCAACAGGAGAUGAAACAGAAAUGGUUAUCACUUGGGUGACAUUUGCAAAAAAUGUCGAUUCUAUUGUUGAGUAUGGUUUGGCUGAUCAUGCACUAGAUGGAAGGAAGUCAGGAUCUGCAACAAAGUUUACAGAUGGUGGAUCUGAGCAUCGUAUUUUGUAUAUUCAUCGGGUUAAACUUACAGGCUUGAAACCAUCCACAUUAUAUGACUAUCACUGUGGAAGCAUGCAAGGUUGGAGCACAGUUUUCAGAUUUAAAACAUUUCCAAAAGGAAAUAAGUGGAGUCCAAGAUUAUGUCUCUAUGGUGAUAUGGGCAAUGAAAAUGCCAAAUCUUUGGGUUAUAUUCAAGAAGAAGUGACACGUGAUGAUUUUGAUGCCAUCUUACAUGUUGGUGAUUUUGCCUACGACAUGCAUACGGAUAAUGCAAGUGUUGGUGAUGCCUUUAUGAACCAGAUUGUUCCCAUUGCAUCAGCCAGACCUUACAUGACAUGCCCAGGAAAUCAUGAAAAUGCCUACAAUUUCUCCAACUACCGUAAUCGUUUCUCAAUGCCUGGCGACUCCGAAGGCCUGUACUACAGCUGGAACAUUGGACCGCUACACAUAAUCAGUAUUUCUACCGAAAUCUAUUUUUAUGGGAUAAUAAAAGACCAGCACAUGUUAAAAAAUCAAUUCAAUUGGCUUAAAAACGAUUUAGAGAUUGCAACAUCACCAGAAAAUCGUAAAAAUCAACCUUGGAUUAUGGUGAUGGGACACAGACCCAUGUAUUGCUCCGACACUGAUAAAGAUGAUUGUACCAAAAAUGAUAGUGUUGUUCGUACUGGCGUGUCACCUCUUCAUUUGUUUCCUUUAGAACCCCUUUUUUACAAAUACGGUGUUGAUUUAUUGAUCUGGGCUCACGAACACAAUUAUGAACGGUUGUUUCCAAUUUACAAUCUAAAGAUUUUCAAUGGUUCGACUGAAUCUCCGUACAAGAAUCCUGGUGCACCAGUUCACGUGACCACAGGCUCGGCUGGAUGCAAAGAGCGCCAUGACGCAUUCACGAAAGAUGCACCAUAUUUUACAGCGUUUAGAAGCCGUGAUUACGGUUACUCAAGAAUGACUAUUUACAAUUCAACUCACCUGUAUUUUGAUCAAAUCAGCGUUGAUAAGGGUGGUAAAGUUAUUGACAAAAUGUGGCUGGUCAAAGAUUUGCAUGGACCGUACAGCUAAAAAAAUAUGUAACAUAAAUGUAGAUGCAUUAUCAAAUGCAAAUCAAUCAAAAAUUGUUUACCCAACUGAAAUGUACAUGAUUGUUAGCAACAUGAAAUGUUUUUACUAAUAAAAUAUCAACUAUA